AUGCCUCUGUCAACUAUACACUCGGCGCCAGCUUGGGACUCAUUCACACCUUUAGUUGAACACCAAACGCAAACACCAAGCACAUUCUACGAUGCUCGACCUAUAUUACAUGCUCACGCUAAAGGUGCGCGCGCAAUUGCUUACGGCGAAUACGUAAAAGAGUUACCAUUUUUUGCAGAUGGUCCGGCGCAAAGUACAGAGGCGCCUGCAGUGGAGACUGUUGAUGCCUACAUAUCCACUGAAAAUGUCACCAUAUUCAACAAUACUACUUCAGCCGGACUCGCGAUUCCUUAUACUUCCAUAUCUCUGCAUGCUAUUCAACGUCUGCCUGAUCCAACUGAUGCUUCAAAAGGAGAGGUGACUGGUUUAUUUAUGCAGUUAGAGACACCUCCUCCAGCUGGAGAAGAUAUACCAUCAAUCAUCGAAUUAGUUCUCAUUCCCGCCGAAUCUGCUUCUACACAAACAAUAUACGAAGCUUUAUCGAACUGCUCAAAUCUUGUACCUGACGAAGAAGAUGAAGACAUGGAAGGAGGAGGUGCAGAAAUUCAAUUCGAAGGUAACAUUGGAUAUGAAGGUAUCAGUGGACUUCCGGGAGUACAACAAGGAGUUACGGAUGGUGGAUUGCCACCUCCAUUUCCUGGUAGUGGGGGCUGGAUUACUGCGGAGAAUGUGUCGCAAUAUUUUGAUGAAGCGGGUAAUUGGAUUGGGGGUGAAGAGUCUGUCGAAGCUCUAGGUGAUGGCGCUGGAAGAGUAAGAGGACAUGAUGAGGUUGACGGGGAGGCGGAAACAAAUGGUCAUAAUGAAGGAGAUGAGGCAAGUAAACGCCCAAGGACCGAUUAA